UACGUAAUGGUAUCAUUGCUACAGAAAAUGACACAUGCCUUAAUUGCCUUGUGCCAUACACGGCCACGUGGAUUGGUGCGUCUAGGACUUCAAUUUUUCUCAAUAAUUUCAUUCUAAAUAUCAUAUACUCCCUCCGGUGUUAUUUAUAGAAAAAUUUUCAAUAAAAAAUUUGGUCCAAUAUAUAAGAAAAAAUCAUAAUUUUUAAGAUACAUUUAUGAUUUAAAAGACUUUUUUAACUCUCAUUUAAUGUUUGUCUUUCUAAUAUUAGUGAGUUAUACUUCACAAAUUUUUAUGAAGGUAUAUUUAUAAAAACAUUCAAAAAGUAUGAUUAUCUUGGUUUUCAUGAUUUUUGGUUUCUUUUCUUAUAAAAAUUACAGAGAGGAGGGAGUACAUAUUUAUUAUUCUCAUCACUUCUUAUUUCUCUUCAAGAUCACACUUCAAUAAUUCUGUCUGUUUAUAAUUACAUCAAUACUAUUAAUUCAAUACCAACCACUCAAUCACUCAAAUAUACAUCCAUGGCUUCAGCUCCUUUCAUUUCAUCAUCAGAACCUACAAAAGUUGAUGCAUCAAAUAUUUCAAGUAUCAAAGCCUUUCCUAUUCCUUCAAGUUACCACUCCCUCGCAGAACCUGAUGAUAUUGUUGAUGUUACAGAGGAGCUUGCAGCUUCCAUCCCAGUCAUUGAUUUCUCUCUCCUAACCUCAGAUGACCUCAAAAUCCACACAAAGGCUGUUCAUGAACUCGCCAAAGCAUGUUCUGAAUGGGGUUUCUUCAUGCUCACAAACCAUGGAGUUCCUGAGAGUCUAAUGCAGGAGUUGAUGAAAAAAACUCACGAGUUUUAUAAUUUGCCAGAGGAGGAAAAGGAGGAGUUUGGUGACGAUGGCGAUCCCCUCUCACCCAUCAGGCAUGGCACUAGCUUCCAUCCUCCAGCAGAGAGUUUUAAUUAUUGGAGAGAUUAUCUCAAACUCUUAACAUCUCCCCAAUUCAGUUUCCCUCACAAACCACCAGGUUACAGGGAGGUUGCGUUUGAGUAUAAUAAAAAAAUCAAUGGUGUGGCGAGGAAAUUACUUCAAGGAAUAUCUGAGAGCUUAGGAUUAGAAUCUGAUUCCAUAAUUGAUUCAUCUGAUUCUGACUCUGGCUUACAUAUCAUGGGAGUGAACUUUUACCCUCCAUGUCCACAACCACACCUUGCUCUUGGGUUGCCUCCACAUUCCGAUUUUGGCUUCUUGACCUUUCUCAUUCAAAAUGGAAUUGGAGGUCUUCAAGUUAAGCAUGAGGAUAAAUGGUUGAACGUGAACCCCCUUCCCAAUUGCCUAGUUGUCAACAUUGGUGAUCAACUUGAGGCUGUGAGUAACGGGAGGUAUGGGAGUGUGUUACAUCGAGCAAUCCUUAACAACAAGGACACUAGGAUAAGUUUGGUAGUCGUGAAUGGACCUGCACGAGAUAAGGAAAUUGGACCUGCCCCUGAACUAUUAGAGAAAGAAAAGCCAUUGUUUAAAAGUAUCAAGUAUUGUGAUUAUUUGCUGGUUCAGCAGAAGUCACAAUUGUCAGACGGAAGAACCUUGGACCAGAUUCGGUAUAGUUCUCAAUAAUGACAUGUAUGAUAUGGUCUUUAAUAUUACCUUAUUAUUAAAAAUAUUGAUAUGGAAUAUGGUUGAUGUUGUUAAUUAAUGGCAUGUGUAGUGGAUAAUGUUUAUAAUAUUGAGUAAAAAAAAAAUGAAGUUUAUAUAACCUCGAGUUGAUUUGUUGGUGAAGAUUUGAGAUUUAUAAGUAUGC